AACAGUAUGAAGGGCCUGUAUAUACUGCUUUUAGCACAGAUAAGUGUGCAGUUUCAGUGUGAUAAAACAAAGAUUCAAGCCACAAUUGGAAGCACAUUGACUAUUACCUGCACCUACAAAACAACACAGUACCGAUUUAACAAGAAGUACUGGUGUGCUGGAGACUCCAGAUCCUCAUGUGAAGUUCUGAUGGACACCGAUGGAUUCACACAUGCUGCGUACAGAACACGGGCUCAAAUCAUUGACAGAGUUUCUAGAGGCUUGAUUGUUUAUAUAAGAGAUUUAAAGUUUGGUGACAGUGGAAUAUACUGGGUUGCAAUUGACAAAAUAUAUACUGAUAUAAUGACAAGGAUACAAGUCACUGUAACAAAAGAGUCUGUAAUAAAACCGAACGUUUGGCCUCUCAGUUCCCCAGAGAUGACAUGCUGGGGUCAACCAUCUGUGUUUCGCUGUUGGAGUGAGAGAGGAACGGAUGUGCGGUACACUUGGUACAGAGUUGGACACCCAAACCACAUUGUCCUGCACCAAUCCACCGAUCUCUAUCUCCAUUGCUCAAACAUCACUGAAGACAGUCAGAUUUUCUGCUCUGCCUUUAAUGAUGUCAGCAGCCAGAACAGUGAAUUUGUUUCUCUUCAACUACUUCAGCCUGCAGACAAGGACUGUGUUUAUCUCAUCUCAUCAAACAUUUUUUCUAGCUAUGAUUGUAUAAGAAGCACAACAACACUCUCAACAUCCAUUCAAACCACAGAGAUAUUCCUGAGCUCUGCAACAGUUUCUCAUCUCACAUGGAGUCAGAAUAAAACCAUGUCAUGUUCUGGUUUACCACUGUGGUAUGAGUGUCUUCGUUGGAUUCUCUCCUCAGUUAUGAUUACCAUCUUAUGUGUAGUGCACACAUGGUCAAAAUAUACAUCAAAAAGGCUUAGGGCUCAAGGCAAACACCCCAAAGACAUCUGAAUGAGAAACAUGGUCGCAGCUUCAUUGCAAGUGUUUCUUUAUUUAUGAUGUGCAUGUACAAACUUUUCAUUCUUUUUAAUUCACACACUGACUUAAAAAUUAUAUUUCUUGUUCUCAUUAUCCACAAGCUGUACAAUUAAUUCAGCU